UCGUUUCUUCUUCUUCUUCGACUUUUCUGGGGUCUCUUCCUCUUCCUUACCCAAAAGUUUCGAUGAAACAGGAUUCGAUGCAUAGAUCAUGUCUCUGUAGUAUCUUCAUCACCACUGCUCUGAUCUGUGGUGCUUACUUCAUUGGAAAUGCUUAUAUUGAUGAAGAAUUUAAAGAGAAAUUGCUGAGAUGGGAAAUCACUAAUAGGAUGUAUAACGUCACUGAUAAGAUACAGAACGUCGCUGAUAAGGUGCAUAACGUCACUAACAAGAUACAGAACGUCGCUGAUAAGAUGCAUAACGUCACUGAUAAGAUACAUAAUGUCGCUGAUAAGAUGCAGAACGCAACGUCCCCUACAUGCGAGAAUCUCGGUAAGCCAUUGGGUACUGAAGCAUUACCGCAAGGAAUUAUCGUUAAGACAUCAAACUUGGAAACGCAACAUCUAUGGAACUACCGUCACAAUAAAAAGGGGAACCCGAACCGUGCAAUGAGUUUGUUAGCCAUGGCAGUUGGAAUCAAGCAAAAGGAGAUAGUCAACAAUGUUAUCCAAAAGUUUCAUUCUCGAGAUUUUGUGGUCAUGCUUUUUCAUUACGACGGUGUUGUGGAAGAUUGGAAGCAGUAUCCAUGGAAUGAAUAUGCAAUUCAUGUUUCCGUAAUGAAUCAAACGAAAUGGUGGUUCGCCAAGCGGUUCUUGCAUCCUGAUAUAGUUGCAGAGUAUGAGUAUAUAUUUCUUUGGGACGAAGAUCUUGGUGUAGCUCAUUUCAAUCCUCAACGAUACCUAUCUAUUGUCAAAGAAGAAGGUUUUGAGAUAUCGCAACCCGCUCUAGACACUACAAAAACAAAGGUGCACUAUCCUAUCACCGCUCGUCGCAAGAAGUUAAAAUUUCAUAGACGUAUGUAUAAAAACAAAGGCAGGGUGCAUUGCGAUGAUCAUAGCACUGAUCCUCCCUGCACCGGGUGGGUAGAAAUGAUGGCACCUGUUUUCUCUAGAUCAGCAUGGAGAUGCUCUUGGUAUAUGAUUCAGAACGAUUUGAUACAUGCCUGGGGCUUGGAUCUGCAGCUUGGUUAUUGUGCUCAAGGUGAUCGGAAGAAAAAUGUAGGUGUUGUUGAUGCGGAGUACAUAGUGCAUUACGGUCUUCCCACACUGGGUGUGGUUGUAACUGCUUCGAGCUCUUCACCGAAUGAGAAAAACCCGAAAUCACGGGUUUCACAAGAAUCAUCAGAGUCUCGUGAAGUGGAUAAUAGACCAGAAGUGAGGAGGAAAUCAUAUGUGGAGAUGAAGAGAUUCAAGGAACGUUGGAAGAAAGCUGUGGAGGAUGAUAUAUGUUGGGUCGAUCCGUAUUGAAAACCCAAGCGAUGUAUCUAAACCGAACCAGACCGGAUUACCUUCACGAAUAGACUUUUGAGAUUGUUCUUGUUAUUUUGUGGUCUAGUGUAUACCAUUGUUUUGGUACAUAGAUUGGAAAAAGUCAGUGUAUGUACUUAUG